AUGAGUUCUUAUUUUGUAAACCCUCUUUUUACUAAAUACAAAAGUGGGGAUACAUUGCCACCGAACUAUUACGAUUGUACUGGAUUUACUCAGGAGCUUGGAAGCAGACCCACAGUCGUUUAUGGAGCUGGAGCUGGCGCCACUUUCCAGCAUCCGAGUCAGUUACCGGAGUUUUACCAUCACGGAACGUCCUCGCUCUCCCACGCGCCUUACCAGCAGAACCCGUGCGCCGUGCCAUACCAUGCGGAUCCCACGGGGAACCUUUACGGACAGGAUGCCCUGCAGAGUUUCUUCGGGAACCCGAGUCAGGAGCUGAACCCAUUCGCUGACUGCGGGCUGAAGGGCACCGGGCUUGGGGAUGAUUCUGACAGCGCCGACCAGUGCUCGUCACAACUCUUCCCCUGGAUGCGACCACAAGCCGCUGGGCGCAGGAGAGGCAGGCAGACGUACAGCCGCUACCAGACGCUGGAGCUGGAGAAGGAGUUCCUGUUUAACCCUUACCUGACCCGCAAGCGCCGCAUCGAGGUGUCGCACGCCCUGGCCCUCACCGAGCGCCAGGUGAAAAUCUGGUUUCAAAACCGACGCAUGAAGUGGAAGAAGGAGAACAACAAGGACAAGUUCCCCAGCAGCAAAGCCGAGCAGGAAGAGAUCGAGAGGCAGCGGAGGGAGAGCGCCCUGCAAGAGGCCGAGAAGAAGGCUUCAUCGGGGGACGAGGACUUUAAGAAACUCUAGGCUCCUUCA